AGCCAGUGCAACCUGUGAUUCCAAAGGGCAGCGACGUCAGGACGGCAGCGCCUUCCUAAUCUCUACCGAACCUUCGCAUCAUUUUUUUCCCCACCUUGCUUCCAGAAUCUGAGCUGGCUUCCUCUCGGCACAUCGGUUUCCAUCACCAUUCCUUCGUCUUCGUCUUAGCAAUCAGGACUCUUUUCCCGACGCGACACGACAGAAGCGUGACAGACAACACCAUCACGAAGAUGCCAGACGACGAUCUAAUUGACAGACUGCUAGCCCAGCUGCCCGCGCCAUACCCACUAUCAACCGGGCGCAGCGGCAAUGAGACGUCGCUCCCGUCGGUCAGGAGGGAGAGAACCGUUGCUCCUACGUUCCAGAAUCUCACUCCCCUGCGCUCCUCGGACCGUGGUUCAAGCAGCGAGCUUGGUGAAAUCGCUUCCACCCCCACCGCCGGCAGUUCGCCAUUGAAUGGCGGUAACAAAGGGCCCUUGGCCAUUCGCCAUGCGCCCAGAAAGGUUGACAUCGUCAAAGAGUCAUCGGGCAUCAGAAAUCACUUGUCUUCUCUCCUCCAUUCACAGGUGCCGGCCGGGCCAAAGCCCGUGCCGGGAACACCUCAGGAUCGGUUCAAGAACUCUGUUCUGGCCAAUCCUUUGGUGGGUAUAAAGACUCCGCUUGCCCCGGGAAGCUGGGGCGGCUCUCAGCCAGUGUUCCGAUCCCAUGCUGGCAAUACUUUCUUCUCGCAGAGUCAUGAGCGUGUGAAGGACGAUGUGCACGGGGGCUUUGGGGGAUCGCAGGCCCCCGGCAAGGCAAAGGCAAACAUAGCCACGGUUGCAGUGGCUAAACCUCCUGUUGGAUCCUCUGGUCGCGCAAAUGACCAGACCCUCCAAACCCGCAUCACCACCGCGAGCCGCCCCUCUACCAACAACCCAGUUGGUAACAUUCCGAAGGGACCGAAGAAGGACCAGCCUCAGGUUUCAUUGGCGCCAAAGGCUCCAAUCUCCUAUGAUGUAAGCGCUAAUCAGACACUGUCAUUGAGAUGUCAGUCGCUUGGGUUUAACCCUGAAUGGGUUUUGGGUAGAAUUGUGGGCGGCAAGUGCAGUUUCAACGUUAAGCUCCAAGACGUCAUUGUUGAAUCUGACGGUUUGUAUAUUGGAGAGCACAUGGCAAAGGCGGCUGUUGCAGCUAAGGCGCUGAAGGAUUCGGAGCUUUGGAGAAAACUGAAGCGCUGGUCCCGUCCAACCGCGUCUUCCAAGGCCUCUGCGACCAACCAUGCCAAUGGGUCCUCGGCCACAUCAACAAACAACUCUCGCCAGAACAACUCUCGCCAGAACAACUCUCGCCAGAACAACUCUCGCCAAAACUGGGCCUUAGUCAAGCGAGAGCCAAACAGCUCGGAUGUUGCUGUGAGCCGCACUACCGACGAGAGUGAGCGGCUCAAGCUUCUGAUCAUGCUUCAGAAGUACAUUGGGCCCUCGGUGCCCAACUACGCCGAUCGUCCUGAUGUUUGCAAAGCCUUUUUCGAGGGACUAGCCAUGGGGGCUCGUCUUACAAGGCCUUCCCAAAGCCCUUCCAAGGACACUCAGAACGACCGCGCCAGAUCACGCUCCCCCCCGACCCGCCAUUCUAGCAAUUCUGCUAGCUACCGGGCCCGUUCGCCUCUUGGAGCACGUACAAGGCUCACUCCGCCGCCGGUCUAUCAUCAUUACCCCGGUCGCCCUGAUUCGAGUCACUACAGCCCCCGUAAUACGCCACUUCGCGAGCCCCCUCGCGGACCAUCUGGUAUUUCAAGGGGAAACACGGUUGUCAAGAAGGAAUAGGAUGGACUUGAUCGACAGCAACUCUGCUAGCGAGCAGAACGAAUCGGUCGGGUACAGAAUUACGACCACAUGAGAAGGGGGUAUGAUGGCUGCUCGGGAGUGAAUGGAAACGUCUCGAGACACAUUUACCCUAGCUUCUAUCCAAGAAGGGCCAAUAGGAUAGUGAGAAGGGGUGGUUAUCCUGACUUUUAUCCCCCAGUUGAGCCACGUCGGGGGAUGUUUACAAAGAGGAUGUUGGGGCAUCGGUUACGGCGUUUGCAAAAGGGGCG